CGCGCAGUAAUCCGACGGAGAGCGCCAAGUGUGUAAUAAGGCUGACCCAGAAAAUGGCCACUAGAGGGUGGUGUAAUCACCUGAUUUAGAGUUUUAGUCAUAUUUUGCUUAAUGUAAAGACGAUUUGGACGAAGGAGCCGUAGGAUUGAAAGCCUUGUAGCUCAUUUAUACGUCGUAGAUAGCCCAUUCUAGCAGCUGUUGUUGUCGAGGGCUUUCUAACGCUGGAUUUACCUUCGAAAGUCGGUGCUCGAAGAAUCUGUCCGUCUGCACCUAUCCCCGGAUUUCAGCGAUCACAAGAAUUUACCAGCCGCCUGGAAAGUUUCCAAAGCUUCACGAAGACAUAUCCUGCAAAGGACACAAGUUCCUUAGGAUAAAGAAGAACUCCUUCUAAGACUGAUGAAGAAUCAGCCCAUGUACUUGCCCCAGCCAUAUUGCCAAGGAAAGCAUUAUUCAUUUAAAGGAAAAUAUUCUCUGUGUACAAGAAAGCAAAAAGAAAAGGUCGCCUUAGGUAAAUGUCAAAUGUGAGUGACUACACUGCUUCGGUCAAGUUGAAAAUCUCUGCAUAACAGGCCAUCGAAAUAAAAAUAGCAAAGGUACGAACCCUGAGGGAAUAACUUUGAAAACAAACGGAAACGCGAAACAGCUGAAGACACCAAACGUCAGGAAUGAAGCAUAAGAAAUCUCAAGAAGAUAAGUUCUAAAGAAACAAGAUGAGUACGACAGGGAAACCGUCUGGGCUGAAACCGCCCAGUAAAAUAGCCAAACCUGGAGCCACAGGCAUCCCCAAGGCUGGUGGUACAGCUGCUAAGGGUGCGGCAGGUGCAGCUAAAGGUGCAGCAGGUGCAGCCAAAACUGCAGCUGGAGCUGGCAAGGGUGCUCCAGGUGCUGCAAAAGGUGCAGCUGCAGGCAUACAACACUUUACAGGCUUGUAUGCCUCCGCCACCACUAAGGCUGCGGCCUCUUCUGUUAUAUCUUCAGAUGGGUGGAAAAUUGGUGAUCGUGCGUAUGUUGCCGGCACCAAGGCCGGUUAUAUCCAGUUCAUCGGUGAAACGCAAUUCGCGCCAGGUGAGUGGGUCGGAAUCGUGUUGGACGAACCUGUGGGAAAGAACGAUGGCUCCGUGGCCGGCGUGCGGUACUUCCAGUGUACGCCGCAGCACGGCGUGUUCUCACGGGCUGCGAAACUUACCAGAGAGCCUGCAGCGCCAGGAGCUGCCGCAGGCGUGCCGUCCGCGGCCGCUGCAAGGUCACGGGCGUCAAGCUCUGCCUCGAGAGGAGCCGGCGACGCAGUUAACGGGUCAAAAUCGACAGAAAGACCCAGCAGUCGACUUUCAACGUCAACGAAAUCUUCCAGUCUGAAACAGCGGUUAGCGGGAUCCAGCAUGGGGACUCUAACUCCCAGCGUGUCCAUGACUAGUCUGGUAGACAUCGGGAAGAAAGCGGAGGAACUGUUCAGUCUGGGUGACCGAGUCCUGGUCAGUGGGACGAAGGCAGGUCUGGUGAGGUAUCUGGGGACGACAGACUUCGCCAAGGGGGAGUGGGUCGGGGUGGAGCUGGAGGAGGAACAGGGCAAGAACGACGGAUCUGUGGCAGGGAAGAGAUAUUUCACCUGUAAGCCCAAGUUCGGCCUGUUUGCUCCGGUGCACAAGGUCCAGCCUCUCGGGGAGGGGGAACCUGUGCCUAAGGCAACACCCAAACAAGCCUCAGUACCAGGCUCUGCAACAGCUGCCAGAAUAGCAGCCAGGAAAGCCCAGUCAGAAGCGCCCCCACCCCUUCCCCUCGGUACUCCAGGCGCCAGGUCUCGCAGUGGCAGCAGCAGCUCCAUCAGCUCCAUUAGUUCCAACAUCAGCUCAGCAUCAGGCUAUGGAAGGCACUCUGAACUGCGUGCUGCUGCCAGGAAGACGCGGGCAUCCACAGGAAGCUCUACACACGCCAUGCAGGAACUACUGCAGGAGAAGGAAAAGAAACUGCAGGACCUUGAAGAUGCCAGGAUGGUUGUCAUCAAAAACAUCAAGGAGGCGCUGAAGGAGAAGCAACAACAUGUGGAGCAGCUCUUGGCAGAACGUGACAUGGAACGUGCGGAGGUCGCACGGUCAGCCUCUGCCGUUCUGGAGUCUCAGACACAGCUGGAUAGCCUACGAGCAGACCACGAAAAGUAUGUCCGCGAGAGUGAAAUCAACGUGGAGAAACUGCGUGCAAUGGUGGAAGGUGCGGACAAGGAGAAGAUGGAACUUGUCAAUCAACUUGAAGAAGAAAGAAGGAAAGUUGAAGACUUGACGUUCAGAAUUGAAGAACAGACCAUCUCAUCAGGAGACCUGGAGACACAGAGCCGGGAGGAGCAUGAACGCUUGAAACUAGUAGAAGCCGCCCUGGUCCAGGAGAGGCGCAGGGCCGAGAAACUGCAGGAAGAGCUUGAGGAUACGCGGGCCGCCAGUGUGUCGGAGAAGGCCAAGAUCUCGGACCUGGAGAAGGAGAGUAAGGAGUACUUCGAGCAGAUCGAGGAGCUCACACAGAAGCUGGAUGCGGCCGAAAACAAGAUCAAGGCCUUAGAGAGUGAGAGUGUGGAGGGCGGGGCCCAGGCCAGCGUGGCAGCCAUCGAGCUCCAGGAGAGAGAUGACAAGAUCACCAGACUGGAGGGGAAAAUCAACAACAUCACACAGGAGAAGACGGCACUGGAGAAGUCACUGGCUGAGAUGAAAGAAGAACUUGAAGAUGGUAACAACAAGAGGCAGAAACAAGAUCAGGUCAUCGAAGAACUGAAUGCCAAACUUGCAAGCAAACAAGAGGCAAGUGAUAACAUGAACAAGGAGAUGCAGGAACUGAAGAACACCAUUGCUGAGCUUCAGAGUCAGGUGAAGGCAGGAGAGGAGAAGACUUCCCAGCUGACUGCAGACAAGGCCAAACUGGAGGGGGAGAAGGAGGAAAUGCUGAAGAAUUCUGGUGACAGCUCUCAACAGCUGAGCAGGCUGAACGACCAACUCAAGGAGAAGGAUAAAGAAAUAACAGAACUGAGGGAUGCCCUGUCCCAAGCCAACCAGAAUAACGAGAAGUUGGAACACACGGCAAAACAGGCCAAGGAGCAGGCAGCGCAGGAGGCUGCUUCAGCACAGGAGAAACACCAGGAGGAGGUCAAGGCCCUGCAGGAGAAGCUACAGAACAUGGAGAGCGAAGUCCAGAAGCACGUCGCCAAGAUCGGCAAGCUGACGGAGAGCCACCAGAAGGAGAUCGACGAGCUGACCAGCAAGCGCACCUCGGAGAUGACGGACCUGAACGGGAAGCUGGCGGAGGCGGAGAAGAAGCUGAAGGAACUGAACAACCACCAGGAGAAGACGCAGCACACCAUCGAGGAGGUGCAGCACGAGAGGGACACGCUGAAGGAAUCCAAGGAGAAGGCCUGGGCCCAAUACGAGGCCGUUCUUAAGGAACGAGAAACAGCUCUGGCCGAGAAGGCGGAGCUUGAGGCAGAGAAACAGAAGCUGAGUCUGGAGAAGGAGACUGCCAUCUCUGAGAAAGAAGCAGCCGUCACCAAGCAACAAGAACUCACGGCAGAGAAGGAGAAGGCAGUCCAAGAAAAACAAGAUGUUCUAAACUCUGCCACUGAGUCGUCGGGUAAGCUUGUCCAAGUAAUUCAGGAGAAAGAUGCAGUCACAGCAGAGAAGGAGUCUGCCAGGAAAGCCACUGAUGAAGCCUUGUCCAAGGUUAAAGCCUUAGAAGAGGAGCUCCAAGCCACCAAAGAUGAACUGGUCAAGUUUCAACAGGAACUGGAGAAGAGCAGACAGGAGUCUGACCUGGGAGCUCAGAGUGUUGCAGAGAUGCAGAAACAAAUAGACCACAUCAAGAACGAGCUAAACGAAUCCCAGAGGAAGGUGACGGAACUUGACACAGAGAACAACAACAUCAGGAGAGAAAAGGAGGCCUACAAAACAGAUGCAGAGGACAAGGCUAAGGAAAUGGAGUACCUUGUCGAGGUCUCCCAGAAAAAGUUCAAGGAGAUGGAGGAGGAGAACAACAGCAUCCUUGACGAGUUGGCUGAGUUCAAGGCUGAAGCCGAGGACAAACACAAGGCUCUUAAAAAAGCCAAAGAGAUGGAGGAAGAAAACACCAACCUUAAGAAGGAACUGAAGAACCUGAAACAACAGGCUGAAGACAAGAAUCAGGCCAUGAAGGCCAGUGGUGAUGAGAUGCAGAGCAGGCUCGCCGCCAUGCGGGAACAAAACUCCAAACUCCGACAGGAGGUCGAACACCUCAAGGAGGAGGCCGAGGACAAAGCCAAGUUCCAAAAGCGGGCUACCCAACUGGAAACCGAUAACGCCAAACUCCGCAAAGAACUCGAGGAGUUCUGGAUGGACGCUGAGGAGAACGUGCAGCAAGAGAAGAGAGAGACAGAGAUGUACCAAAAGCGGGUCGUGGAGCUUGAAUCCGAGAAGGACAAGCACCGCACAGAGGUCCAGACUCUCUCCGAGGAACUCCUUCAGAACAAGAAGCAAUCCAAGAAAAGCAUCUCAGAGAUGCAGAAGAGGGUCAAAGAGAUGGAAGAGGACGGCCACAAGUUUCAGCAGCUUCUCGAUGAGACCAGAACUGAGCUGGAGCAAAAAUGCGAGCAAGAAAGGUCGGAAAAAGAACAGCUUCAGACCAAGGUGUCUGAGAUGGAGACUGAGCGCGAACAGCUCCAGAAAGAGAUGACCUCCUUCAAGACAGAAGUCCAGGAGAAGACAGCGCAACAACUGAAGGACAGCGGUGGUCUGCAGAAAAGAAUUGCAGAGCUGGAGGCUGCUAAGCAAAAACUGGAGAAAGACAUCGAAAUCAUGAAGGAAGAGUUCAAAGUCAAGUCAGAGCAAGAACAGCGUGAGAAAGAGGACCUCCAGAAGAAGCUAUCCAACAUGGAGGCUGACAGAAACAAGCUGCAGGAAGAGAUGAGCAACAUGAAGAGUAAUCUAGAGGGCAAUCUGGAGAAAGGCCAGAAGGAGUCUGAGCAACUCCAGCUGAAGACCAAGGACCUGGAAGAUGUCAUCAACAAACUUCAACAACAACUGGAGGAGAGGAAGAAGGAGUAUGAGGAGAAAAAUGAACAAGCUAAGAAAGACAUCAAGGGGCUCCAGAAGAGAAUAGCUGAGCUGGAAAAUGAGAACAAAAGGCUGGAGCAGGACAUGGGCAGCACUAAAGGGGAGCUGGAGAGUAAACUGUCUCAGGAGAAACAGGACGGAGAACAACUCCAGGCUAAAAUAACAGAACUUGAAGCAGAAAACCUGAACCUCCACAAGGACAUGGGCAGAUUCAAGGGCGAAUAUGAAGGAAAACUUGACUUAGAACAGAAGAAGAGUGCCCAGCUACAGAAGAGAGUUGCUGAGAUGGAAACAGAAAACAGUAACCUGCAAAAAACCAUGGAGAGGCUGAAGGGAGAGGUGGAGGGAAAACUGGAGCAAGGCCAGAAGGAGACCUGGGAGUUACAAAACAAGAUCUCUGAAGUGGAGGCUGAAAAGGAAAAAGUACAGAAAGAACUGGAGAAUGUUAAAGAAGAACUGGAGGAAAACCUGAAGCAAGAGAAACUGAAGGGAGAAGAACUGCAGAUGAAGAUCACCAAGGCAGAGGCAGACAAAGAGAAGCUCGUAGAAGACAUGAAGGCUGCCAAGAAGAAAUCUGACGACAAGAUCAAGAAAAGAGAUGAAACCAAUGCUGACCUCCAGAAGAAGAUCCAGGCUGUGGAAGCUGAGAAAGAACAGGUCCAGGGGGAGCUUAGCUCCUUCAAGAAGGAAACAGAAGAGAAAACUGAGCAACAUCAAGAAGCCAGUCAGGAACUCCAAAGCAAGAUCACAGCCCUUGAGACCGAGAAAGAGAAACUUAACAACGAGAUCAAGACAAUGAAAGAAGACACAAAUGUUGCACAAAAGACUGAGAAAGAAAGGACUGACAACUACCUGCAGAGCAUUGCUAACCUGGAGAAAGAGAAGAAGGAAGUACUGGAAGACUUUGAGACUUUAAGGAAGGAGGCAGAGGACCAAAUGUUUCAGGCUACUACAACUCUAUUGGAGGAGAAAAAGGCCACCGCUACAGCCGCCAGAGAGGUUGCUGACAGAGAUGCUGAAAUUGAGAACUUGAAGACAGAACUGGACAGAAUUAAGAACCUUUCUGAAGACCAAACCAAGCAAAGCCAGUCAGAAAUCUCUGACCUUGAGAAGAGAAUAUCUGACCUUGAAGCUGAGAAGGACAUGUUGCAGAAGGGAACCGAGGCUUUGAAGGGCACUACUGACCAGAAACUUAAGCAAGCCCAGCAGGAGAUAGUUGAUCUACAGAAGAACAACAAAACUGUCACGUCUCAGAAGGAAGAUCUUCAGAAGGAGUUUGACGAGUUCAAGGAGGAAACAGAAAACCAGACAAAGCAAGCUCAGUCAGAGAAAGAAGAACUUCAGAAGAAACUCUCUGAGACAGAAACAGAGAGAGACCAACUUCAGAAGGAUCUGGACUCUUCCAAAGCUGAAACAAACAAGGUCACCAAGCAAGGAGAACGAGAGGUGACAGAACUGCAGAAGAAGCUUACCAAAGUGGAGGAGGACAAGGACAAGAUCCAUAAGGAGUUCAAGGCACUCAAGAUAGACUCUGAAGAAAAAGCAGAGAAAGCUCAAGACCAACAGGAGGCCCUGAGCAGACAGAUCUCUGAGCUGGAGGCUGAGAAAUCUGAUCUGGAGUCAGAUUUAGAGCAAGCUAGAAGUGACCUGGACACAAAACUGAAGGCAGGGCAGAAGGAGUCAGGUGACCUCCAGACCAGACUGAACGAGUCCGAGACCCAGAAAAGGGAGAUGCAAAAAGAACUCAAGAAGCUCAAGAGGGAAUCUGAGGACAAGGAACAACAAUACCAGAUGGAGUCUGGGAAGCUCCAGAGGAAGAUCGCAGACAUGGAGUCCCAGAAGGCCCAGGCUUACCAGGACCUGGAGCUGGCUAAGGAGGACUUCUCCAGUAAACUAGAGCUAAAAGUAAAAGAGACUGAAAGUUUACAGGGCUCAUUGUCGGAACUUGAAACUGUGAAGAAACAACUGGAGAAAAAUGUGGAGUCCAAGCAACAGGAGGCUGUGGAACUCUCUAAGAACAAGGAAAAAGAGUCUCAAACCAUGCAAGGAAGAAUCAAAGAGCUGGAAUCUAUCAAGGCACAGCUAGAAAAAGACAUGGAAACCAAACAACAACAGAAUGCACAGAUUGUUCAGAACAAGGAAAAGGAAGCUGAAAGUUUGCAGGGAAAAAUCACAGAACUGGAGUCACUAAAGACACAACUAGAAACUGAUGUAGAAACAAAGAAACAAGAGAAUGCAGACAUUGUGAAGCAAGCAGAAUCUCAAGUCUUUGAGAUGUCCAAAACCAUCAUGGACCUACAAAAGGAAGUGCAAAAUGUCAACACUGAGCUAGAAACUACUAAGUCCCAGGCAGCAGAAACGCAAAAGCAAGGUCAAUCCACCCUGUCAGAAACGCAGGCUUCCCUCUCCAAGGCACAGGCAGAGAACAACAGUCUGCGAGCCGAGGUAGAAGGCCUGUCUGUUAGGCUCAAUCUAGAGCGAUCUCAGUUAUCUGAAGUUCAAAACUCAUUGAAGCAACAACUAGACGACUACAAAUCACGGGAGAACACCUUACAGCGAGAGUUUGAAGGUGAACGUGAGUCGCUGCAGAAAGCAGUGGACAUCACCGAGAAACUGGUCAAACAAAAGGAUGAGGAGCUUACCAAGUACCAAUCACAGAUCACAGAUUUGAAGGGUGAAAGCCACCUUGCAGAGAGCUUGAAGCUUAAGAUCUCUGCCUUGGAAGAAGUCAAUGAAGAACUUGAAGACAAGGUGAACGUCUUAAACACAGCACUGGAGCAGAUGCAAAAAGACAUGGACGCCAUGACAGCUGGCGAUCCCAUAACGGCCAAGCUGAGAAAAGAGAAGGAAGAAGCAGAAGGCCAGACCAAAGAAAUUCGGUUAAAGAUUGACUUCCUGAACUCGGUGAUUGUGGAUCUACAGAGGAAGAACGAUGAGCUGAUCCGCCGUAUUGACCAGUUGGAGAGUGGUGUGAAUGGGGAGGACCUGUUCGAUGAAGAGGAAGAGAGACUAAGACAACUCCCCCCUCCCCGACUCUUCUGCGACAUUUGUGACGUAUUUGACGAACACGACACAGACGACUGCCCCAAACAGGCCACGGAGUAUGAGGAGUACGCCUCCCACUCACAGUAUCACGGGGACAGGCACGAGGAACGAGCCUUCUGCGAUAACUGUGAAGUUUUUGGCCACUGGACAGAAGACUGUAAUGAAGAUGAAGAGUACUAACGAAUGGGGAGGGCCCAGCAUUCGCUGCCAUCACACAACACCCCUACAAAUCAGUAGACUAGUCCACACUUUCCAGAGCAAGUACAUGCAACUAUCCAAACACCAGUGACAUUUUACACAUCUUGAUCACAGAACUUGGUGUUUUCAAAGACUAACCAGUCGAUCAUGAAAUAUUGGUUGUUUUUGGACAUGGAUUCAUCCUCUACCAGGAAAAUUGUGGAGCUAAGAAUGCUGGGACUAGCAGGGAAUGCUGGGACUAGCAAUGAAUGCUGGGAAGGGAGGGAAUGUGUACAGAAUGUAUCUAUUAGAUUGUUGUAAUUUUAUAUCCAUUGCUGGCAAGGCGGGGAAAGUGGCAAAAAUUCUCUCAACUGAACUAAAAUUUACAAACUUCUUAGCCCCAAGUGUUUAAUAUAACAAGAUGAAUUGAAGUCAAUGUUUCUGAACAUCGAUAGUAAGAUGUUAAUGGCAAACAUUGGCAUUGUCUAAUGAUUGACAAUAAUCAUAAUACAUUGACAUGGAUGGGGUGAUACUGCAACAGAAGUUGAGCCAGAAAUUUAUAUGGAUUUGAAAUGUCCAUUUUCGCCUUUUGUGUCAGACGUAACAAUAUUUGCUGUUCCUUUAUCGUCAUACAGAUUUUUGUAUACGUCAAAUAGAUACGAAUACACAGUUUAUUCAUGGGAGCAGAUACGUCAAGUUAUUCAGCAUAUCUUUUCGCUGCUAGAAUAUUAAACUUCUACAGCAAACAUUUUGUGAAAGGUACAAGUCAUAAAUAUUAAAGCACUGCUAUGAAAUUCUUGGGUUUGGUUUAAACUUAUUUAUUUGGUUCCUUUGGGUAGCCCGCACUUUAAGUCCUCAGGUUCUUAAUUUAUAGUUAUAUAAAUUAUCAUAAAGUAACUAAUAAUUCUUUAUAUUUGCCGGUGUUGCAUAUGCUUCCAUUAACUAGAGCAUUAGGGGCUUCUUUCCUGUGAUUUUGUUACCACUAUAAGUUAAUUUAAAAGAUUUAUUGGCCUCACAGAAUGCUCCCAUGGUUUAAACAUGCUGUGGUGGAAGUUGGGUAAAAAAAAAUAAAACCAUUCAUGGUUGGUUUUGAUGUUCAUCAACUGUUGAGAGACUUGGACAGUGUGUCAGUGUAGGGACCUGGGGAGAGGGCUACCUGGAAACAGGUUUAUUGAAUAAAGUGUGAUGAAUACAUUGUG